AUGGCGAUGAAACGAAAUGGGAAGUCUCUUGCCUCCUCCGGCUCCGAUGAAGAAGUCAUGUUCUUCAAGGAUGUCUCUCUGGGUCCACACGAGACUCAGCUACGCUUCCGGCUAAUCCAUUUCUGGGAGGCUCGGAACCCGGUGAAGAAAACACUGAUUGGCCUCGAAAUGCUCCUCAUCGACGAACAGGGAACUGUUAUUCAAGGAUUCAUCCCACCGGGACGAAUUAAGAAGUACUUGCCUGAUAUGAAACGUGGAUCAGUUUACAAACUCAUCAACUUUUACGGGUCGAAAAACAAACCGGUUUAUCGCGUUGCUGAUCAUGUCGCAACCGUGUCUUUCACAUGGAACUCUGAAAUGUCGGUUCUUCACGAGAUUCCCAUCUCUUUUGGUGAAGACCGUUUCAGGUUUCAUUCAUACGAAGAUUUUGAAGCCAACUGUGAUCUCAAAGGUGACCUCUACGAUGUUGUUGGUCACAUGAAGCUGGUCGAUGGACAGACACUUCUUGCACGUCCCAGCCUUGACGAUGUGAAGAUUGCUACCGCUCGGCACAUUAUGAUUCAUGUGCAGUCACAUGAUGGACCUGUGAUGAAGCUCUACCUUUGGGACCAGGCUGCAGCAGACUUCUGCAAGAAAUUCAACUCCAGUAAAAGCAUUCCCACAGUGCUUUUGGUCACAACUGUUAACACUAAGCGUCUCGGAGGUACCCUUGCCCUGGCUUCUAUGUCCUCCACACGGGUUUUCAUGGACUAUGAUGUCCAACCAACCAGGGAUUAUUUCUCUUGGCUGAGCUCCAACCCCGAGAUUGCUAAUCAGGUUAUCGCAGACGUCAUCACUAAGCGUGAGACACUGACUAUAGCAGAUAUAUUCUCAUACAUGACUCAAGAAUCUGCAAAGGAUGCCUUUUUUGAGUGCACGGCUACAAUUGAUGAUGUUGUGCAUGGCUCUUCUUGGUACUAUAUUGCAUGCAGUGAGUGCCAUUCUAAGGCUACCAAGGGCCCAUCUUCGUUGAUUUGUACAAACACAAAAUGUGAGAAGGUUAACACAGUUGGCAUUCCACAGUACCGUGCAAAGAUUUCGGUUUAUGACAAGACCGAACAAGCUUUUUUUGUCCUCCUUGGAGAUGCUGGGCGUGAGUUGACUGGGAGGCACGCAUCCGAGUUGGUUAACAGCUACUUUGAGGUUAAUAAAAGCGAAGGAGCUGACCAUGUGGUGCCUGUCCCGGAAGCUCUAAUCAGCACCAUCGGACAGACACAUAAGUUCUGUGUGAAAGUUACAGACCACAACUUCUCAGGCAAUACCCGAGCCAUAACUGUCACCAAGAUCCUCCCUCUAGACACACCACCACCCACGGAAACCUCAGUUGGAAAUGACAUUGCAACAACCUCCGAGGAAGCAAUGCAGUCUGGAAACGAUGUCUGCGAACAUCCCAAAAGCCGUGGAGAUUCUCUAGAUGAGGAGAGCAAGAGGACGUGUACCAGGGCUGAUCCAGAGACAGCUAAACGCCCAAGAUGUGAGAAUUAG